AUGUCCUCGUUUCCGAAUACUGCCAGCAAGCUGAGCGCCCCAACCAAGAAAUCGAUAUUCGAGCGGCAGAAAGAAGAGACCGAGGCAAAGAAGGCGCGAGAGAGAGCCGAGACAGCGGCGGUAUACGAAGAGUUUAUCAAGAGCUUUGAUGAUGAGGCACCCUCUGCACCCAUCAGUAGAGGCCGUCCUCCUGGUGGCCUGGGAAUGGGGUCGGCGCCAGGUCCCGGAAAGAGACACUUUACGAGCAGUGGAAUGAAGAGUGGUCCAGGGAGUUUAGGACCAAGUCCAUCUGCGCCAAAGAGCGGACCAGGCAGCCUUGGCCCUACUUUUGGCAAGAAGCGGCCCUUCGACGAUUUCUCCGGCCGGCGAGAUCGCGAUCGCAAGUACGGCUAUGAGGAGCGACAAAGUACCGAGGAACGAACAAGUAUUGGAAAGGAUGAGCCAGAUCACCUGGACGAAGAAGAAAAAGCCGCACGUCCAACACUACAUCUAUCAUCUCUCCCUCCCGGAACUUCCCCCACGGUUGUCAAAGCUCUGUUUGCGCAUUCACCUCUCGUUGUCGAAAAUGUUCGAAUCAUUCCAGGCUCGACAGCCGAUAGGAAGUCUAUGUCUGCUAUCGUCACCCUAGCAGCCGAGACGGCUGCCACCGACAUCGAUACAGUGGUAUCUCACCUGCAGAACAAAUAUCUUGGGUUCGGCUUCAAACUCUCUCUGUCUCGCCACCUGUCUUCUGCGGCUCUCAUCGGAGCAGGGAACAUCAGUGCUCCCGGUUCGAACCUUGCAAGUCUACCAUUUGGGGCGAAACCCAUUCAGCAACAAACCUCUCUUUCAAGAGCACCUCCUCCUGGACAAGGUCGCGGCUUCGCUCCACCCACAUCAUACACGUCAUCAGUCCCUUACGGCGGUAGGCCACAGUCACAGGUUCUAGUGCAACCUCCGACCGACUUGAAGCAGCUCAAGCUUAUCCAUAAGACUCUCGAGGCGUUGUUGACCUAUGGUCCAGAAUUUGAGGCGCUCUUGAUGUCACGUCCUCAAAUUCAGCGAGAGGAGCAGUGGUCAUGGAUAUGGAAUCCGCAAUCGCAAGGAGGUGUUUAUUACCGAUGGCGCCUUUGGCAGAUUCUGACCGACACUGAAAGCCGCGGUAGUCAGUCUACAUUCGGUGCCAGGCAAAACGGUGAUGUGCUCUUUGAGGGGCAGAGCCUGUGGGUCCCUCCCACCGAGGGCCUUAGGUUUCAAUUCACCACCCAACUAGAAGAAUUCGUUAGCGAUGAUGACUACAAUUCCUCUGAUGAGGAAGGUGAUGAGGAUGGGGCUGGUAUCUCCAGGAGGCACAAUGAUCACAAUGUGCCUGGCAUGAACCAAGACACUAACGAUCUAAAUGAUGGCCCUGGAUAUCUGAAUCCGCUCGCCAAAGCCAAGCUUAUACAUCUGCUUUCACGACUACCAGAGGUAAAUACCAAGCUUAGGAAGGGUGACAUCGCCCGAGUGACAGGAUUCGCAAUCGAGCAAGCCGGAGCUGGCGCAGAUGAAGUGGCAGCAUUGAUCACUCGCAAUGUAGUGCAGCCAUUCAGUCAGCAGCGAAAGAACGAAGACAAGGACGACGACGACGAUUCCGCGACACCUACCAACACGGAGCAGGGUCAGAAGGACACAUCUGCGGCGAGCCUAGUUGGUCUCUAUGUCAUUUCGGAUAUUCUUUCGUCGUCCGCAUCCGCCGGUGUCAGACAUGCUUGGCGUUAUCGACAGCUCUUUGAAGUAGCGAUCGCUCAACAGAAGGUUUUUGAGAAACUGGGCCGUAUAGAUAGAGAUCUCAACUGGGGCAAGCUAAAGGCGGAGAAGUGGAAGCGGAGUGUCCAUAACCUCCUACAAUUAUGGGAGGGCUGGUGCGUUUUCCCGCAAGCCAGCCACGACGAAAUGGUGGAGCAUUUCAGCAACCCUCCCCUAUCACGAGAGGAGCAGAAGAAACUCGAUGAAGAGGAGAGGCGAAAAGGUGAGGAGGAGACCCAGCGGAGGAAGUCGGGCUUGAACAAGUGGCGAAGCGUUGAAGCGGAGGAUGAAGGCGACGCGGUCAUGGGCGAUGCUGGUGUCGACGGCCAAGUAAUGGUUGACGACGAAGACGAGGAUGAAGAUAUGAACGUCGACGAGACCACGCUUAUCGAUGAUGCUAUCGAUGGCAUCCCUCUUGCCGACAGUAGCGAUGAGGAGAUGGCGGAGGACACACCUGAGGUGUCAAAGCCGAGCACAUCGGCGUCACCGGCGGUUGUCACGUCCAGCAGACGACAGCGCCCUAAAGCGACAGACAUGUUCGCCGACGAAUCCUCAUGA